AGAAACCGCAGAGGGGUUUCGGCAUGAGCAGCCGCCAGGUCGAUCUGCGCACGGCCUACGUCCGGGAGGAGUACGUUCCGCCGGCGGCCCGCCCAAAAGAUGGCCGACCGCGCAGCGCUGGCCCCGGGGGGGACCCAUCCCCGACCAAAGGGCCCGAGCCACGACCGACAUCGGCCCACCCGCGCCUGCACGACAAGCACAUCGAGUCGGGGUACAUCGUCACGAAGGCCGAUUUGCGCCGGAAGCGACCACCCGACGACGUGAGCGACCGCGUUCGUCAAAUCUAUGCCGACGUGGGCCGCGUUGCGCGCAAGCCAGCUGCCAAGCGCGACGACGGAGGUCUCCACGAAGCCCUUCUCGCGCUCAAGUACGAGCUCCGGCAAGAGCAAGACCGUCGGCUCAAGGUCGCGGCCCGCAACCGGCGCCUCGAAGAGGUGAUUGCGAUGAAAGACAAGAAGCUCGAAGACGCCCUGUCGCUUCGGUCGACGCACGGACCGCACCAGAUGCAGCGCGAAAUGGCCGCAAAGGAGCGCACGCACCACCACUUGCUCGGGAAACUGCGUGAAAAACUGCAGCAAGCAACAACGACGAUCGCGGCGUAUGAAGACACGCUCAACUCGCUUCGUUCGAGCGUCAAGCACACGCACGUCAUGGAGUUGAACGAGCGCCUCGCGCAAUACGAGAUGGAGCUCGACCUCGCCACGUCGCGCUUGGAAGCCCAAGACAAAACGCUCGACCAUUAUCGCAAGCAGAUGGAAGAUAGGUCCGAGACGGCCGCGCAAAAGACCAUCAAGCGCCUCCGGACCGUCGUGCUGAGCUUGAACGACGAGAAGAAGCGCCUCGAGCACGAGAACCGCGUGCUCAAAGAGUGUUUGUCGACCGAGCGAUCGCAGCGCCGGUCGCCCAAGAAACCAAAGCCGCCACCGAAAGCCAUCGUGGCGGACGUGCCGACGUCGCCCUCGAAAGAGCGCUGGGCGAGCCAAUCGCUUCGCCGUGAAAUCGACGGCAAACUUGCAUCCAAGCGGCCACCGAGCGCCGGUGCGGGGCGCCGGCUCGUGGCCACGAUGGCCGGUGGCGCCAUCGUGCAACGAAAACCCAACGUCCGCCCUCGACCGCAAUCGGUGCCAGCAACGGCGCCGGUAGCCGCGCCAGAUAUCGCGGGGACACAGUCAAAAGCGCCGCCAAAAGCAACCGACGAUGACGACGACGCGCUGAUGGGCGGCGCGGCCGAUGAGAGGGUUUUGUUGGACAAAGACGCAAGAACCAAAAUGGAUGGCAUCGAAGGUACACCCGCUACGACGGCGCCACCGAUGCCCUUGUCCGAGACGGCCUCCAAUGAGCCCGCAGCCACCACUGCACCCGAGAUGACAACGGCAGGCGUCGACCACCCUGCGGCUAGAACACCAGCACAAGUCACCAAGCCGACAUCAAGUCCAGUCAAAACGUCGCCUACUGAUGCAGAAAACACACCCAACCGUACCACAGGCGCCAACCUAGCGACUCGAAUGGAUCCGGUAGCUGCGUCGGACGAACCGCUUCCGCCACUGACCGCUGUCCAGCCGCCCGUGAAUAUUGCGCCACCUGCGCUGAACGAGCAGCCGGUGUUAACGAUGGACGAGGGCCUACUUUCAGACUCGGACGACGCCGCCGAGUCAGAGGGCGGUGACGACAUCGAGACCACCGAUGUGCCGACGGGCGAGAGCGCACCCAAUGGCGACCGCGACGAAGAGAAUGAAGGGUACAUUGAGCGGGUUCUCAGUGGCCGGGGUAGUGUCGUCGUCUCGGCGGCCCCCGACGACGACGACGAUGAUGACACGGACUUUAAUGCUCUGAUUACUUUCGACACGACGCCUCGAGGUGAUACGACAGCGUCACCAGCAAAGGUCCACCACCACGAAGACGAGACAGACAGCCACGGGUCCCUCGAGCACGUUCAAACGGCGCUCGAUUCGGCCCGACGACUCUCCAAGAACGAAGGCUCGUUCAAGCGCAAGGACUCGCUCGAGUUCUUUGACGUACCUGACGUACUCAGUGCCCGUCGACGGACGAGUCCAAACGUCGAUGCGCCGCCGCAGACAUUGCAUUUACACCGACGAUCCGUGCCGGUGCACCCGGUGUUUCCGGUUGUCGCCGACGGACAAACCGACGCCGACACCGCGACCGAGGUAGCCGACGCCAACACCGCAGCCGAGGAAGCAGAUGCAGCUGAGGCAAGUCUCCUACGCGUCGAAUCGGGUGACAUUGGAGGUGAUGCAUCGCGGCCCGUGACGGCGUCCCCCGUCGAGUCCAACGCAGGGACGGCCUACAGCGACGACACGUUCGACUCGGCGCCGGACCCGACGCUCGGUUCGGACGCCGCGGCACUGCGCAUUCAGUGGUCAUUCCGACGUCACAAACGCAAGAAGCACAAAAAGGCCGAUGGGAAUCCACCGCCCUCCGACCUCAGCAGCCACCAUCGAGAUGCAGACAAUACCACCGAGAUGCUGGCUAUCACCAUGGAGACGAACACUGGAAACAGUGUCGACGAGAGCGCCAACGGUACGCACAGCGCUAUCAACAGCGAGCCUGCCAAGCCACCACCAAGCCGCGAGGCAUUGACGGCCGGUCCUUCCGACGCCGCAUCGACCGAGGAUGCAGGCGUCGCUUCAAACCCGACACCAGACGACGCAGCAACGUGUAUUCAAGCCCACGUCCGUCGGUAUCUCGGGCGCCAAGCGUCGCGCCUGAUGUCGGACGCCGAGACACACGAACAGGACGCCGAGGCGACGUCGAUACCGGUGCAAGAACCAAGUCGUCCGAGAAGUCCGGUGGUGGACAGCACGCAAGUAGCUGUAAAAGAGCAUGACGCUGCGGCGCAGAUACAGACAAGCUUCCGCAAGCACGUUCAGCGUCAAGCAACGUUUCGAACCACCCAUUCCGCUGCGAUCACGAUCCAGCGCCACGCCCGAGGACGUCUCGUGCGGCGUCAACAACACGCGCGCUCCAACUCGACCGCUGCUGCAAGCACAAUCCAAGCACGCUACCGGCAGUACUCGUUGCGAAAAUACCUUCUCUCGACGGCGGACGACCUCACGGAGCCGCCUCCUGGCGUCGACACGAUCCCAACUUCAAACGCCAACAUCGCGGCCGUCGUGUGCGAGCCGUCAGUGUCAGUCGUGCGACAGAACGACGACGAUAAUACGGACACUGUGCAAUCAGCGAGCGAGUCGAUACCGCUGCCAAGUGCGGAAGCAGACCCAAACUCGGUGCUAGCCACGACGGACGACGUCUCAGCACCACUGCUGGUGCCGGAUACCGAUGACAACGUUGGUGCAGAUGUACUGACGGACCGCAGUGGCGCUGGACCUCGCAUGGAUCUUCCACUCGACAUCGAAGACAAAACAGCGACGACGGAGAUGGCAACGACCCUGGAACAACCCGACGACAGCUCCGCAUCCGGCGAUCCAUACACGGCCCGGUACGACGACGGUGAAGGCUUCGACGGCGACGAGACACCUGCAGCGGGCGACGAGCCAACGGCAUCUGGCGAUGAACCAACAAGUGCUGGCGACGCCCCCGCCGAGCCAGAUCCGACGGACGACGCGCCCGAGCCAAAAAUGCCCCCCGAGACUGGGCGAGAGCUGGAGAAUGACUUGUACGAUGCAGCGUUUGACGCAGAGAGCAGCGUUGCGACGCCCAACUCGCACGACGCUGAAGACGCGGCCAUGAUUGCAUCUGUCAUGCAAGAAAUCGCAGCGGACGACGCGUCCGACGACGGCAGCAGCCCCAACCCGCUCCAGUACGACGACGAGUUUGAAGACGACGACGACGACGCAGCGCUGGACGCCGACGCCGACUACUUGACCGAACACUCAGAAUAACGUCUUAUUUAACGGCGCGACGAUUUCUGCACCGGCGUAAACUCGACGCCGUCGGUCUCGGUUGGGGCCUUGAUGGGUUGCUGGG